CAUCAGUUCACUUCAGAGCAAUCGGCUUGUGCACAUUGCGAUUUUAGAGCCUUCAGCGUAAACUUCUCUUGUGGCUUCUCGAGCUUUCCAAAAAUUAUACGACGAGUCAACGCCGUCAAUAAUCAGAGCAUUUUUUCACGAGAUUCUUGUUUUUUUUUUGGUUUUUUGUGGCAAAUUUUGAAAUUGCACACAAGUUAUGGAUCAGGUAAAUGCUUUGAAGGGUAAGGGAAACAAAGCCUUGCAAGAAGAAAAAUUUGACGAUGCAAUUAAGUUUUACACACAAGCCAUAGAAUUGGAUGGCAGUAAUCAUGUACUAUACAGCAAUCGCUCGGCAGCUUACGCUAAAGCUGGUAAAUAUUCUCAAGCUCUGGAAGACGCUGAGAAAACAGUGAGCUUGAAACCUGAUUGGGCUAAAGGAUACUCUAGAAAAGGAAGCGCUCUGGCUUAUCUGGGCAGGACAGAAGAUGCUAUCGAAGCUUACCAGAAUGGUCUCGUGUUGGACCCUACCAAUGAACAACUGAAGAAAGGUUUGGAAGAAGUUAAAGCUCAGCGAGGCUCCCGUGCUUUUCCAAAUCCUUUUAGUGGUCCCGAUAUUUUUAUCAAAUUAAGAAACGAUUCAAGAACCAAAGAUUGGCUGAAUGAUCCCGAAUACUUGAAGCUUCUGCAGGAAUUACAGCUCAAUCCCAAGGCUUUAGGUUCAAAACUUCAGGACCCAAGAGUUCUCACAACACUUAGUGUAUUGUUGGGUCUGAGCGAUGGUUUGGAUGAGGGGAUGGACGUCGACCCACCCAAGUACGAGGAAAAAUCUCCGAAAAAGGCAGAAGAACCAAAACCAAAGCCAAAGGAAGAAGAAAAUUUGACACCAGAAAAGAGGCAAGCCAUAGAAGAAAAAAAUCUAGGAAACACUGCUUACAAGAAAAAGAACUUUGAAGAAGCUCUAAAGCACUACCGUAAAGCCAUCGAACUAGAUCCAACUGAUAUAACGUAUCUCUUGAAUGGAGCUGCUGUGUAUUUUGAGCAGAAAGAAUAUAAAAAAUGCAUAGAGCAGUGUGAAAAAGCCAUUGAAAUCGGACGCGAAAACAGGGCCGACUUCAAAUUGAUUGCCAAAGCUUUUACGCGAAUCGGCAAUUCCCACAAAAAAAUGAACAAUUGGAAACAAGCCAAGAUUUUCUAUGAAAAAUCCUUAUCCGAGCACAGAACACCAGAGAUCAAAACAUUGCUUUCCGAAGUCGAGAAAAAAAUCAAAGAAGAAGAGAAGAAAGCAUACAUUGAUCCUGUCAAAGCCGAGGAGGAAAAGGAAUUGGGCAACCAAAAGUUCAAGGAUGGCGACUAUGCAGCAGCAGUUAAACACUACAGUGAGGCCAUUUUGAGAAAUCCAGAUGAUCCAAAAUACUACAGCAACAGAGCGGCUUGCUACACAAAGUUAGCGGCAUUCGAUUUGGGUUUAAAGGACUGCGAAAAGUGCGUCGAAUUAGACCCAAAGUUCAUCAAAGGUUGGAUUAGGAAAGGAAAGAUUCUUCAGGGUAUGCAGCAGCAGGGCAAAGCGCUGUCUGCAUACCAGAAAGCCCUGGAUUUGGAUCCAACGAACGCCGAGGCCCUCGAAGGUUACAGAUCGUGCUCGGUUGCCGUUAGUUCUAACCCCGAGGAAGUACGGAAACGAGCUAUGGCUGAUCCGGAGGUGCAAAGCAUUUUGAGAGAUCCCGCGAUGCGACUGAUCUUGGAACAGAUGCAAAAUGACCCUAAAGCGUUACAAGACCACCUGAAGAAUCCUGACAUAGCAGCAAAGCUUCAGAAACUUUUGGAAUCAGGACUAGUGGCCAUUCAUUGAUCAAAUGUACAAUAACGAAGAUCUUUUUAUAUACAUGCAUAGUUAGACCGAGAAAGCUUAUACCGUUAAGUUCCUUUCGCGCAAAAAUCAACUUGAAGCAUCAUCAAUUUCACUGUUGCUGUCGUCGUUGGGUAUCAACUUUUUACAGAAUGAGGUAUUUUUACACGUUUUGUCAUUGGUCACCACAGGUGUACCUGGCUAUUUGAAGUUAUAAUGCUAAGGACAAAUAUAAAAAU